CAAACAAGCAUCGCGUGCUGAUUUCCCCUCCGCGAGUGCGCGCGCACUUUAGACCACCUUGAGAGAGAGAGAGAGAGAGAGAGAGAGAGAGAAUGGGUCGCUACACGGGCAAAACCUGCCGCCUGAUCUUCAUGCUGGUGAUCACCGUGGUGUUCUUCGUGGUGGAGAUCGUGGCGGGCUACGCGGGGAACUCCAUCGCGCUGGUCUCGGACUCCUUCAACAUGCUGUCCGACAUGGUGUCGCUGUGUGUGGGGCUGCUGUCCGCCCGCCUGUCGCGCCGCAGCGGCUCGGAGCGCUGCUCCUACGGCCUGGCCAGGGUGGAGGUGGUGGGCGCGCUCUCCAAUGCCGUCUUCCUGACCGCCCUCCUCUUCUCCAUCUCGGCAGAGGCCAUCAAGAGGCUCAGCCGGCCCGAGCCCAUCGACGACCCCUUCCUGGUGCUGGUGGUCGGCUCGCUGGGGCUGGCGGUCAACGUGGUGGGGCUUUUCAUCUUCCAGGAUUGCCGGUCGAUGUGCGGGAGAGGCCGGCGUGGAGGAGCGGAGGAGAAGGGCAUUGAGAAAGUGGUCAUGAACGGAGAAGCAGGCUCCCUCGCCCAACAGACUGACUCACAGGAGACAGAUAAGAAUCAGAGUGACGGUCAGCCGCUGAACAUUAGAGGAGUUUUACUCCACGUGCUGAACGAUGCUUUGGGGUCAGUGGUUGUGGUGGUGGCCUCCGUUCUGUUUUAUGUAUGGCCCCUGCCCGACAACGGCACCUGUAACUGGCAGUGCUACGUGGACCCCAGCUUGACGCUGGUGAUGGUGAUCAUCAUCCUGUCCUCGGCCAUUCCCCUCAUGAAAGAGACCACUAGCAUUCUUCUGCAGAUGAGCCCACCUGACAUGACCGUCUCCACAAUAUUGGUGGACGUGUGCCGGCUGCCCGGGGUCAUCGGCGUCCAUGAAGUUCACGUGUGGGAGUUGGUCAAGGAUCGCAAUGUAGCCACCUUGCAUGUCAAAUUAAACUCAGAAUUUUCCGAAUCCCAAUUCAAGAGCCUCCAUACCCAGAUCCGGGAGAUCUUCCACAAAGCCGGCAUCCACAGCGUUACUGCUCAGCUGGAGGUCAGCGACGAUGACCUGGACAGCAGCCAGUGUAGCAACCCCUGCAUGUCCACUGACUCUGCAUGUCUCAAACUGUCCUGCUGCCCGGUAGAGUCUAAAUUAGUUUCAGAACAUAAAGCGAGCCAGUCCCGCUCAUCUGGAGAAGUGUCAGUGGACGUGAUGGACAGCACCAAAAACCUGCUCAGGGAACGGGACACUAAACAGUUAGAAGGGGAACACAGAAUCUCAGAUGUCACAAAGUUUUAAGCCUCGAGGGCCAGUUUCUCUGAACAUGACGAGGCCUGUUCUCUUGACUGUCCUCUCUUUGCUUUUCAAUCAAAGAAUAUGGCUAACAAUGGCUCUGAGAAGCUGGCUCAGAAUGUGUUAGAUAAACAGAAAAAAAAACAGGCACCUCAGGGACACGAGUAGAAGGGUCUCUGACUUGUGAGUGCAAAAUUCAAACUACUGUAUUUAUUAACUUGCUGUGCUUGUACUCGAUGCACCCUGGACCUUGAGUAGUUGGGCUUUAGGCAACUGUAAAUCUAUCCCUGCUGAACUGGGUGGAGAUUGUAAGCAAUGCUGACGUGCUGGAAUACAGCUAUAUACAUUCAGACACCCAACCUUAAAGGGGAAUUCCACUGAUUUUUCAUUUUUGACAUAAUAACAUUGUUAAUUCCCGAACAAAGUCAUUUAGAGUGGUUUGAUGUGCAGUGCUCCGUUCUAGAGAAACUUACUGACUCAGGACUGUGCACAGCGGUGAUAGGAACCAGACGUCUGAGGAGUUUUAUGCUUCUGAACGCUCCCUCACAGAAAGUUAUACACGUUAUUAACACACUGCCACAUCUCUGAGAGAUUUUAUGAUAUUUUUGUACUGAGCUUUUUGUCCUACAACACAUGCCAGGUGUUCUAACACAAAAUAGUCCCCAAAUAAAUCUUAUUUUUCAGAUUUUACACUUUUUUUUACCAUAAAUCAACAUUCCAUAUAAAGCGUUUGGGUUUUGGUUUUGAUAGUAAAUAAAAUGGUUAUAUUUGUAUUGCAGUCCCAGUGACCCCUGGUUCCUAUCACCACCACUAUAAAGAAAAUAAGAAGCGGUCAGUUUCACUACAUCAGACCACCCUGAAUGACUUUGUGUACAUCUCUUUGGUGGAAUUAUGUAGAAAUGUGAAAUGUAAACGUUCUAUGAUGCUUAUGAUAAGUUUCUACUGUACUGAUCUCUCCGUAGCCCUAACAAGGAAUUGCUGUUCUGGUGCAAUAGCCUGCCUGUUUUAGCUUUUGGUGGAUGCAGUCUUGUUAGCAUUGCUGUUCCAGCUUAUAUUGCUCAACCAAAAACUGGCCAAGCUUUGACCAGUGGCAGUAAUUCCUGAUCAAGGCUUUAAAUAGGGAAGCCAGAAAGUUCUCAUGUUUAUUGUGCUUUCUAUAUUACUGCCUCAUGGCUAGCUACAUUAGUAGCUACAUGGUUUGCCACAAAAGAACAGGAAUGGAAAUUUUAUCAUUUUUAUUUGUAUUAAUUUUUUUUAAAAUCACAGCCGAAUUUUCCCACACAGUGCCUACUACUAUUAAGCAAUGUUCAUGUUUCUUAAAAUGCAAUCAUUUUUUUUACUGGAAAAUUCUUUUGCCUUCGUUUAAGCUAAGACCAAUGUGGCAUUGUAUUUAUAUACUGAUGAUUAUUAGUCAUGAUAUUAGUAAAGAUGGCUUUGAUAUUAGAAUGUAAGGUAAAUAUUAAAGUCUGUGUUGUUUGUGUAGCUCUGUAAUGUAAGGAAUUCAACCAUAUGACUAACAGUACAAAUGUAGCAAGAACAAAGUCCAUGACUUACUAAAUACAGCUGCAGUUCAUCCUUAAACAAGCCAAGACAGCAAGCCAGACAUUCCAUUUGUGCAAGCACUGGGUCAUUUUCAGGAUUGUCUAUGGUUAUUUACAGGUGAAAUUUUAGUGAUAUUUUUCCUUAUAAACAAUAGACUCAA